AUGACGGCCCAACGACCCAAUGUCCUCAUCAUUCUUGCCGAUGAUCUGGGGUUCUCAGAUCUCGGGUGCUAUGGCGGCGAAAUCGAGACACCAUACCUAGAUCAAAUCGCCCAGGAAGGCAUGCGGCUCGCGGACUUUCAUGUUGCAUCAGCUUGCUCCCCCACACGAUCUAUGCUCCUGAGUGGAACCGAUCACCACAUCGCCGGUAUUGGGACUAUGGCAGAGCGGAUCUCAAGCGAAAUGAAAGGAAAACCAGGAUAUGAAGGCUAUCUGAACGAUCGUGUGGUCUCAUUUCAAGAAGUCAUGCGUGAUGGAGACUACGAAACACUCAUGUCAGGCAAAUGGCACCUUGGAAUGACCCCCAAUCGGACCCCUCAUGCACGCGGCUUUGAGAGAUCUUUUUCCAUGCUUGGUGGCUGCCACAACCACUAUGGGUGGGAACCCUAUUUCGAAGACCCCACGACGGUCCCUAAACUUGCCGCGCUAUUGGGCCGCAUGUAUGAUCGAGAUGGGUCCUCGAUGGGCCCCAACCAGCUUCCUGAGGGGUUCUACAGUACCGAUAGUUUCACCGACAAUCUAUUGGAUUACCUGCAGGACCGUAAAGCGCGCAAUGAGUCGCGGUCUUUCUUUGGAUUCCUCUCUUUCACUGCACCACAUUGGCCCUUACAAGCACCGGCCAGGGUCGUGGACAAGUAUCAUGGGAUGUAUGACGACGGCUGGGACGUGCUGCGGCUGAAGCGGCUCGAGAAGCUGAAGCGGGUGGGACUUGUUUCCGAGCAUGCAGUUCCUGCACCUGUCAUAAGUAAGGGCGAGGACGGGCGCGAUACCAAGAAUUGGGACGAGCUUACGUCUGGGGAGAAGAAGAGUUUUUCUCGGAAGAUGGAGGUCUACGCUGGCAUGGUCGACCGGAUUGACCAGAACGUCGGGCGAGUGGUCGAAUACUUGAAGAGCACCGGCCAAUACGACAACACGGUUAUCAUGUUCAUGAGCGAUAACGGUGCCGAGGGUGCACAGUAUGAGUAUGCUCCCCUCACAUCUGGGGGAGAUAUGGACAGUUACUGCAAGGAGUACCAUGACAACAGCCUGGAGAACAUGGGUCGCUAUGAUAGCUUUGUUUGGUAUGGGGCGCGAUGGGCAAGUGCCAGCACUGCACCAGGGCUUCUUUACAAAAUGUUUACGUCCGAGGGUGGUAUCAGAGUGCCUUUUGUCGUGCGCUAUCCAAAAGUCUUCCCCGCUGGUGCUAUUGAUCAUUCAUUUUCGACGGUCAUGGACAUCAUGCCGACAAUUUUGGAUAUCUGCAACGUCAAGCAUCCAGGCGCCACCUAUCAGGGACGUGAAAUCGAACCCAUGACGGGAGCAACGUGGCUACCCUAUCUCAGAGGAGAGGCUGCAGCAAUACACUCCGCCGAACAUGUUACUGGCUGGGAGCUGUUUGGACGCCGAGCAAUUCGACAAGGUCCUUGGAAAGGGCUGUUUAUCCCUAAACCAUAUGGGCCUGAGCAAUGGCAAUUGUUCAACUUGUUGGAGGACCCUGGCGAGACAAAGAAUCUUGCAGUAGAGAUGCCGGAGAAGAUGAAACAGAUGGUUGCACUCUACGAAGACUACUGCAAGGUCAAUGGGGUCAUUAACCAGAGUGGUGCAAGUCGAGCAGGAUGGAGCGACUCGGUAUAG